AUGAACACGGUCGCGACGGACCCUGAUGAACUUGGGACCCGUCCUGAGCCGGUAGAACAGACCCAUCCUGACUUGAGUCUAGAAGUUGAGAACCUGGAUCCAGAGAAUAUGGCUGAUGUCGAGGAUAAUGCUCAGGUCCCUGAACCGUCAGUCACAGACGAGUUGUUCGACACCGGCCCAAAGGCUGCAAGCAGAAUAUGCUCGGGUGAUGCGAGUCUCCGCCGAAGAACUGGAUCUAGAGCCUGCUGUGUAUCUCAGGGAGGAAGUGAUUUGAUGGCGCAGUUUCGAGACCAACUUAUCAUGCUCCCGGAAAUUGAGGAACGGACCCCAGAAUGUAACAUCGACGAAGCUAAUGUCGGAGUUCAGGGGGUCACAACUCCAGUGAUGAAAGCCAAGAUGAGAGGGAACCUGAAAUGCCAUCGAACUAUCUUCCUGGGAGAUGGCAACGCAGCUCCGGCCCCAGCUAGAGGCGUAGUAUGUGAUAUCGACGUCGGUGAAGCGAAACCAGUGACUUUACGUGCGAGACCGAUUGCCGCACCUUUCUUGGUGAAGGUGUUUGAACUCUUGAAGAAGUUGUUGGAGGCGGAGCUCAUUGAGCAUUCAGAGUCCGAGUGGUCAUCGCCUAUUGUGAUUGUGCUGACGAAAAACGGCAUAGACAUUCGGAUGUGUAUUGACUAUCGACUUCUGAAUUUGCUCAUCAAGCUAUCCCGCUAUCCCCUACCUUUGAUCGAUGACCUGCUGAUAGACUUCAAAUCCGCGAUGUGGUUUAUGAGUCUCGACAUGGCGAGUGGAUUCUGGGCGGUGCGAAUGGCUGAACGUGCGAAGUUGGUCUCUCCGUUUGUCUGCCAUUUUCAAUGGCUCAUAAUUCUUUUGGAUUGA